CAGACCAGUAUUUACUAUAGUUUACCAUAUAAAUAAAAAUCUGAUUAUAGCUAUUGAUUAACGCAUUAUGGAAUCGGUAAAAGAACAAUUUCAAGCAUUAGAUUUUGCCAUAUUUGGAGCUGUUUUCAUUCUAUCUGCUACUGUUGGAAUUCUCUUUGGGUAUAAAGAUCGCAAAAGCAAAUCUACCGACAACUAUUAUUUUGGUGGAAGAAAAAUAUCACCGAUACCAGUUGCAGUAUCAAUUGCGGUUUCGUUCGUUUCAGCCAUAACAGUAAUUGGAGUGCCGGUGGAAGUCUACAUGUUUGGCACUGUGUUUAUAUGGUACAACGUUUCUCUACUUAUGACAAAUGCUGUGGCAUUGAUAUAUUAUAUUCCCGUGUUUCAUAGGCUUCAGCUCAACAGUGUAUAUGAGUACUUAGAACUUCGAUUUCAUCCAGUACUUCGGAAGAUAACUUCAGUGAUGGGAAUGAUGAACACGAUGUUCUAUCUUGGACUUACGGUGUAUAUUCCGUCUCUUGCAUUAAGCGCAGUGACACCAAUGAAUUUGUACUUAACUAUUGCUAUAACCAGCGCAACUUGUACAUUCUAUACGACCGUAGGAGGAAUGAAAGCUGUUAUUUGGACAGAUGUUUUUCAGUUUUUAUUUAUGAUUGUAGGGACGUUAUCAAUUCUUAUCAAAGGAAUACUUGUCGUUGGGGGAUUUGAUAUUAUUUUAUCUGCUGCGGAACGAGGACAACGGAACAACUUUUUGACAUUGGAUCCUGAUCCCAGAAUACGUAGUUCUGCUUGGUCAAUUACGUUUGGAUUUUUCUUUGUUACCUGCUAUGAGACAGUUUGCAAUCAGAUAUUUAUUCAACGCUGGCUUUCCUGUCGAACUAUUAGGAACUCUAGAAUUGCCGUUGGCGUGAGUAUCAUUCCUCUUAUCUUGUUAUCUAUGAUAUCGAUCGCAAGUGGGAUAGUAAUGUACGCAUACUACGAAGGCUGUGAUCCUUUGCUAUCUAAGAAUAUAUACAAAAUUGACCAGAUUAUGCCCCGUUUUGCGGUUGAUUUAUUUCAUGACACACCCGGAAUGGCGGGAUUAUUUGUAGCUGCUGCAUUCUGCGGAACUCUCAGUACAGUGUCAUCUGGUGUUAAUGCUUUGUCAUCGCUUUUAGUAAUGGAUUUCAUCUUACCCAAGUUUCAAAAUUUAACGCCAAGAAGAAAACUUAUAAUUAGCAAGACGGCUAGUCUAUUCUUUGGAGCACUCGUCAUGUUAUUGGCGUAUCUUCUUUCUCUUUCACAGUCGAACGUUAUGCAAGCAGUGUCAUCAAUUGUCGGUUUUAUUGGUGGUCCAAUUCUUGGGUUAUUCACAAUGGGUAUAUUUAUGCCAUGGAUAGAUUACAAGGGCUCAUUUGGGGGACUUCUACUAGGACUCGCUUGUACAGGGUGGAUUGGAAUAUCGGCUAUGGUGUAUUCAGUAGGAAAUUCAUCUGCGUUGCCUUUAUCUACACAAGCCUGCAAUAUCACAACGUUAACAAACACGACAUUGGACAAAGUUUUCACAAUAUAUAAUACUACUCUGUAUACGGAGACUACUGAAAAAAGUUCACCAAGCCUUUUUAAUGUAAUAUACUCGAUCUCGCCAUUUCUCUAUGGAGUUCUGGGAUGUACAAUGACACUGGUAGGAGCUCAUGUAACUUCGAUUUUCACGGGUUUCAGCAACCCAAAAAAUGCCAAGGAAAAACUUUUUGUUCCUUUGAUUGACAAUGAAAUCCUUCCAGAAAAAAUGCGAAUAUACUUCAGGUUCGGUGUUCCACUCCCUCAAGCAACGAAAUCGGGUAACAAUGAUAUACCACAUGAGGAGAUGAAGAUGCUUUGUACAACAGAGCAAAAGGCUGACAUGGAAAUCUUCAAACAAACAUUGGAGCCAGAAUGAUAGUCACAACGGGGAAUAACCUUAGUAAUUCAAAACAUUAUUUGGAAUUUUUUUCGUCAUUUUCCAUGAAUACCUUCUCAGAGCAUUAUAAAGAGUUGUUGUUUUUUUUCCAAAAGGAACAGAUCCGUUAACGUUGAUAUACAAAGAUUGAAACGACGCUACGAUAAAAAUAAUAUUUGGCCUUUAGUUGAUCUCGUAGAGGUAAUCGCGUAGAUAGACAAACCGGGUGUCUAGUGUAGUAUACUUCUAUUGGACGUGGCGUCACUUUCACAAAUUUUAUUCUGUAUUGCAUCGUCUGACAAAGGUCAGACUUUCGGAUGCCUGUUAAGUGUUCUUUCUGUCGCUGCAUACAUAUCCACAGACAAAGACUAACACCAUAUCAUAGACCAGGGGUGGGCACACCGCGGCUCGCCAGACUUUAUGUGCGGCUCUUCUCGCUAACAUAAAUUAUUAUCCAAAUUUUAACUAAAAGAAAAACUUUAAUGUGAACUUUUUUAAUUUAUUAAAAGUCGUAAAGAAGUUUUCGUCAAUGAUAAAGAGAAAUUAUGUUUUAGUAUGAAAAUUGCUGUAACGUUGAAUUUCGAAUUUAAGUCAGUCGAGUCAGCAAAUCUUUCGUCACAAUGGUCAAUGUUUAUUGAUGCGUCGGCGGUAUUGCAGCUUGAUUGCGGUUAGUUAGUCUGAGUGACUCUGCGAUAUGUCCUCAAUUAAGAAAGGAAAGUACGGAGAUGAAAACAGAGUUGUCAAGUCAGAAUGGGAAGAAGAAUACGCAUUUACCAGUCAGAAAAAUGAACUUUUGUGGUUAAUCUGCCAUAAGCUACUAAGUCAGAAUAAAGACAGCAAUGUUAAGCGGCACCAUGAAAAGAAUCUUGAAAUCAUGAAAACGAGACUACCCUCGUAAAUCAGCAAUAAGGAAACACAAAUUAAAUGAGCUCAAAUUGUGCAUAUAUUUGAGCAUACCUGCCUUGUUCAUCUAUUUAUUG